ACCUCGGGUCUCGCCUGCUCCAGUGUCUCCCUGACAUACAUCAGGCCGCUCCGUCCUGCUGCUUCUCCAACAGUUGCUCUCCAAACUCUCCUCACCAUGUUCACACUUCUGCUGCUUUGUUUAAUGCUGCUGCUCGGCUCUCGGGGUCAAGACUACGAAGAGGUCACGCAGGCUCCAGACUACGACUACAACGCGACCUUCGACUACCACCUCUACAGCAACACCAGCAGCGAAGCGCUGGACCAGUUCCUGGAAGAGAUGGAAGGAUUCAUCACGUCCGAGGAGGAAGAGGUGAAGCAGGAGGACGGAGAGGUGGUGGGGAUGGAAGAAAAGAAUGGAGAGGAAGACGAGAAGAAUGAGCCGGGAGCAGAGGAAACGGCGGAGGAAGUGAAGGAGAUGACAACCGUGAGAACAAAAGGAACCGGCCAUGUUCGCAACCGCACGGUUUCCCUCCCAAGCUCCCUGCUUUCUCCUUGCUUCUGGAUUCUGCUGGUCUUUUUUCAACACACACUCUGACACAUGAACAGUUUUGAAUUCUGACACACACAGAGAUGCCACUGACACACACACACACCAUCGUUCUAUGAAGUUCAUGCGCUGGGUUCGGAUGCGGGACCAUGUGGACCUCAGUCCCUCACAGAGACUCCAGGAUCACCGGACCAGGAUUGGAUAAAAAUAUGGGAAUAUAUGAAUAUAAAUGAACAAAGGAUAUAUUUGAACACAAAUAAAGUGCCUUUUCCAACAAGUUGCAGAACCUUAACUAUCAUUCAUCUUGGAAUCGAACCAGUGACCUUCUUGCUGUCAGGCAGCAGCACCACCUCGUGUUGUACAUCUACUCUAAGUGAACAAUUGAAUCGAAAUUGCUGAGUGCAUUAUGGGGCGUGCAGACUUCAUUUCAUCUGACUAACUGGGACACCAGGGGGUGGUAGUGAACAACUUCUUCAAUUAGUAACUCCACUUGCAAAGAGACAGGGGAAACUAAGGGUGUGGAUAUUUUAUAAGCAACUUAUUUUUUAUGUUCAUCCAGCCCUGCACAAAAAGCGGGGCAACGUUUUUUGGUCGAGGAGUUGUGUGUGUUCAUGUUGAGGCUGUACAACAGUGGAAAUACGCUGGAUGUGUCAGCGACAGUAGCCGCGGCGGAGAGCGCAACCGUCGUCACCGCGCAGCCAAUCGAGCGAGU